GGGCUCAGCUUGACCUCCGAGUUUGUCUUCAAUUUGGUUACACUCGACCGAGCAAACCAGACUCGUCAUUCACGUGUGGAACGUGGCACGCGCGAUGUCGCUUUGCAGGCUGAUAAACAGGUAGAUCCAAGGGCCGAAAAUCUAUCAUCUGCCCCUGGUUAUGUAAUGGCUUUCUCGCUCUAUCAACGCCACUCUAAAGCUUAUGUUCUCAUCACUCAAACCUUCGUUAUACAUCAUCUAAUUACUUCGCGACUGGCAGAGCACCCUUUUUGUACCUCCGACAUUACUCUUGGGAUGAAGUCAGUCGUUCAUGUCUUCGGUGUUGUUGGUCGGCAAGUUUGCGAGCGCCAAGUGGUCUUGACCUCGAUUCUUGAGGGGGUCUGUUUGACUUUGACCAUAUGCUAUUCGGUCUUAUUGCUCUUGUUCUCGCAUGCACAUCUCCCUGUUCAAGCUUCCUCAUUGCCACCUUCGUCGGCAUUCUCGUUGAGCAUCGUCAUCCCAGUCCUCCUCUAUCUCCUCCAAAAUCCCCGCCCAUGUCAACAGGAAUACGACCGUGUGUGGAUCGAGGGCUUCUACGUGAAGGAAGUGUUUCCAUGAGUGUGUAAUGUUAUUACCGGUGUUAGCGGGUGUUGCUGGGUAAGGGAGAGAUGUCGUUGGGACUGGAGGCAUUGAUGACGGAGUGCCGGUGGUCUGUGCGCUGGUGCAGGUCACCAGAUGCAAGGGAGGAACUGGCUUAGAGCUGUGCUAGCACAGCGUUAGCACC